CGUAUUUCGUAUAAGUUUCCUCAUCAGACGUGGUCUCCAGUCAUUAGUCCAGCGCGGGCAGUGGAAGUCUCUCGCUCAUAAGGUAGUCCAGUGUUUUGCACCUCAUAAAUAGCGCGGAAAAUGAGCCAGGAAGUGGGUCGAAGUGUGCGGAAAACUAACCCGGGCAAGUGACACACAGAAGCAAAGUGUGAGAGCCUUCCUGCGCUAAUGUUCAGGAAAAUAAUGAAUUGGGAAACAAUACUCACGAUAAAGUAAUUAAACUGCAUUCAUACAAUGUCAAUGUCGCUAUUGCUGAAAUUUGCUGUGCUCGCUUGUCUGUGGUCGACGACGUUUGGGGUAUUUUACAAACAGCCAAAUGGGAACAAUGACAAACUUUGUUUCUGUCAGCUUCAGGGAACGAUCGACGAUUGCACAUGCAACGUGGACACCGUGGACCACUUUAACAACAUGAAAGUCUACCCAAGGCUGAAUUCUCUGCUGUCCAGCGACUAUUUUCGCUUCUACAAGGCGAAUCUUAAGCAAAACUGUCCCUUCUGGGCAGACGACAGUCGCUGCGCCAUGAAAUUCUGCAGCGUCCAGUCGUGCGACGAGAGAGACGUCCCGGAAGGCAUCAAGGGAUUCUCUAAUGAGUCGCCAGCUUUCAAGUACACUGAAGACGCCCAGGAGAGUCCGGUUGUGGACUGUGGGAGUGAUCUCAAUGCCGAACUCAGCUACUUAAACACUAGCAUAAGCGACAAAGCGCAUCAGGGCUUCCAACUGUGGGCGGAUCACGAUGAGGCGCAAGACAACUUCUGCAUUCUGGAUGAUCACCAGGAAGGGGCGGAAUAUGUUGAUCUUUCCCUCAAUCCUGAGCGCUAUACUGGGUACAAGGGCGAUUCCGCCCACAGGAUUUGGCGGUCAAUCUAUCUGGAGAACUGCUUUGGGUCAUCGAAGCACAAGCACGGAUUGGCUUUCAUGCCAUACAUUCCCUACAGCGAGCUCUCUUCGGGCGGCAUUUGCAUGGAGGAACGCGUCUUCUACCGGCUCAUCUCUGGUCUGCACUCAUCCAUCAACAUCCAUCUUUGUGCCAAUUAUCUGCUGUCGGAAAAGAAGGGCUUCAUGUCGGACACUGGCGUGUGGGGUCCCAACAUUGAGGAGUUUAUCCGACGAUUCAGUCCCACCGAGACAAACAAUCAAGGGACUCAUUGGCUGAGGAAUCUCUACUUCGCCUACAUCAUCGAACUCAGGGCCCUCGCCAAGGCGGCUCCGUAUCUAAGAAAUCAAACAUACUUCACCGGUCAGGCGCAGCAGGACAAGGAGGUGCGGGAGGCCAUUCAGGACCUCCUCAAUGUCAUCGAUAACUUCCCCAGUCACUUCAACGAGAGCACAAUGUUUUCCGGCGGCGUGGGAUCGGUGAAGCUGAAGCAGGAGUUCAGGGAAAAGUUCAGAAACAUCUCCAAGAUUAUGGAUUGCGUGGGAUGCGAUAAAUGUCGGUUGUGGGGAAAGCUUCAGGUGCAAGGCUUGGGCACAGCGCUGAAGAUUCUCUUCUCCGGGAAGUUUGACAAUGCCACUGAGCUUGCCAGUGAGGACAAUGGGGAGAAAUUGAAACUGAAACGUACGGAAAUUGUGUCGCUCUUCAACGCAUUUGGCAGAUUAUCAACGAGCAUCAAUAGAUUGGAACAUUUUCGGAAGUUAAUGAGAUGAUAGUGCGAAAAUGAGGGUGGAUAUUGAAAAGAAAGAAACCAAAUAUGUGUUUUUUCAAAGAGGGCUGAAAGGAAACAAUAUCUGUGGUAAUGAAUCCAGACUAGGAGUAACUAUAUGGA